ACUCGCUCCCCUCUUCUCUCUCUCUCACUCUAUCCUUUUCCACACAGAAAACGACAUGGCGUUGUCAACCGGCCUCAUCACCUCCACCACCUUCCUCUCCGGCGAGUCCUCGUCGCCGCUGGCCAAGCCUUCUCUCAGGUUCGCCUACCCCACCUUCCCUGCUAGCCUCCGCAUGUCCCCCCGCACCCCAACCCUCCUCGCCGCCGUGUCCAAGCAGGCGGGCGCCGCCGCCACCACGCCGCGGGAGCCACGUGGCAUCAUGAAGCCGCGCAAGGUUUCGCCGGAGAUGCAGGCUCUUGUCGGCGUCCCUGAGAUUUCUCGCACCCAAGCUCUCAAGGUCAUCUGGGCCCACAUUAAGGGCAACAAUCUUCAGGACCCUGAAAACAAGAGGAUCAUUGUUUGUGAUGACAAGCUGAAGAAGAUUUUUGCAGGCAAGGACCGAGUUGGCUUUCUUGAGGUUGCUGGACUCAUCACCCCGCAUUUCCUUUGAUCCAAUCUAUGUAGGUGAACAAACUUGGACCCAUGGACCAUUUAUGCAGCAAACGUUUUGAAUCCUAGGGGUUCUAUUUUGGUUGAUGAUAGUAAAAACAAGGCUGCAAUAGUAGGCGUUUCAAGUGUUUUGUAUCUAAGGAACUAGCUUUAGUUAGAGUUUUUGCUUUUGGAUUCCUUAUCAUGGUCGUAGGUAUUCUAGCUAAAUGCAGUUAUCAGGUCCUGUCAGUUCUGCAUUGGAUUGAGUUUCAAGUUUUCUGGAAUGACACUAUCUAAGAAUUUUAGCUGUGCCAAUAUAUCUUCUGUCAUGUGCAUGCAAUUCAAUUC